CUUUUUCACGGCACAUCUCAGCUCUCCUGGUGCCAGCAUUCCUUUCAUAUUCAUUUUUUCUUUUUGGUACAAAAGAACGGACCAUCUAUAUUAACAGAUCGUCAUGGCGACAGCAGCGUUGUUUGGCUGUACUGGAGCAGUGGGCUCUCAGAUCCUCGCUACUCUCUUGGCCACAGAUGCAUUCCCAUCCAUCAAGACUAUCUCAAGGAGACUACCAAAGACUCAGUCCUCAAAGCUUCAGGCCCUCGAAGAGGGUGACACCUCCAAAUGGGGCGGCAUGAUCUCGUCCCUCUCUCCCAAGCCGUCAGUAGUCUUCAACGCAGUCGGCACCACAAGGGCGGCAGCUGGCGGAAUCCAGAAUCAGUGGAAGAUUGAUCAUGACUUGUGCAUCGAAAACGCUCGAGCAGCCAAGGCAGCUGGUGUCAAGACGUACGUGUUUAUCUCCAGUGCAGGAACCAGAGGCUUUCUCUCUGGCUACGCGCCCUAUUCAAAGAUGAAGGUUGGGGUGGAGGAUGCCAUCAAGGAGCUCGACUUCGACAAUGCGAUUAUACUGAGGCCGGGUAUGAUUCUCGGAAGAGAUACGCCCAAGGCACCAUUCUUGGAGAGCAUUGCAGGAAAUUUGGACAAGUUGGGACAGGGUGUUCAGGACAUGAUAGGGCAGGAUCAAUUAAUCAUCGGUCGAGCAGCGGUAGCAGCUGCUCGUAUGGCCGACGAGGGGAAAACGCCAUCGAGAUAUUGGGCUCUUGAGAUGGCUGAUAUCGUCAGAUUGGGUCGAGACGAGUGGAAUGAGUAGCCAUGCGCUGCGGCUACUUUCUCACAAGGCUCGUGUCUUUACACUGCUUGGCAAGGAGGAAACUUUCAAGGGAAAAUACUGUCUUGUUUGUUGUCUAAUUUCAUCCAAAGUUAGAAAGAUCAGCUGAUCUGGGAGGAAGCGGAGGGAAUGGCGGAGUUUAGUCUAGAUCUCCUCCUCUCAAGUCAACAUUUGCCAUUGACGCCCACCACCAAUGCAGCCCUCGAAUUCCUAGGACAAAUGUCCUUCUUAUACUCGG